AUGGCGGCGGUGCGGGGCUGCGGGUUCGAUCCGCGCCUCGGCACUGAGCGGGGCCGGGGAGCAGCGGGGUCAGGAGGCACCGAGCUCCUCCUCCGGGCAGGUGGGCAAACACCAGCAGUGCGCUUCUGUCCCCCAGCUGCCAGCAGCCCCAUCCCAGAGGGCCCUGGUGCAGAGGUCGCUUUGUUUACUGCAUCCUCAGCCCAUGGGAACCUCCCUCCCCAUCCUACAUCUCUCCCAUCACUUUCUCGUGUCGCAUACAAGGACUUCAUUCGCUGCCUGCCGGUUCAUCUCUCCCGGUACAUCCUGGGGCUUCUGGAUAACAAAUCCCUUAAAACAUGUGCCAGUGUGAGUAAAUACUGGGCUUUUCUGGCCAAAGAAGUUGAGAAGGAGCAGGUGUGCCAAAAAGCAGUACAGAAGAAAAUCCUGUAUUUGCAGGGGUUGUGCCCUCAGGGAGCAGUUUCCAACUAUGCUAAAAUAGUCAGUGUAGCAGUUCCACAGUUAAAUGAAAAGGGAUGUGUCACCAAAGUGAGAGACCACAGCCCUGGAAGUAAAACAAAGGAAGACAAGGAGGAGGAGGAAAUCAAGCUGCAGGCAGCCUAUCAUGAUCUGCAAACUGACACAAUCCAGCUGGAAGAGAGGAACGUAUUCUGUGGCUCCUACAGUAUUCUUGUCCUCACUGACCGAUCAGACCCAGACAGAGUAAUCCACUAUGCUGGGGGAGACUUGGUAGCCCUUGGUUCUGCAGAUCGAAAAGUGAGGAUUUUUAAUGUGUUGUCAAUGAGAGAAGUGCCACCUCUGCUCUCUGGGCAUGCUGGAAGCAUCAAAGCACUGCUGCUUGAUGAGAAGAAAGGGCUCCUUCUUAGCACGAGCUGCGAUCUCAGCAUCAGAUGCUGGAAUAUAUAUAGUGGUGCUUGUAUGAAGAUCUUUACUGGUCACUGCAGGACCAUCACCUGCUUGGAUUUACACAGCAAGAAGUUUGUGUCGGGGGGCACAGAUGGGAUGGUGAAAGUGUGGAACUUGGACAGCGAGGUAUGUCUGAAGACCCUGAAACACAGCAAUAUUGUUUAUGCUGUUAAAAUGGAUGGAACCCAUGUUGUCAGUGGGUGUGACAGAGGGCUGGUGAAAGUCUGGCAUGCUGGCACAGGCACUCUGCUCAAAGUACUAGAAGGGCACCUAGGCCCAGUGAGGUGCCUGUCCUUUGAUCGGUGGCACCUUGUCUCAGGAAGCAGUGACGGAUACGUCUUGGGAUGGAGCAUGGUGGGAGAGCUUAAGAGGUGCCUCACGGCUUUCCGCCACCCAAAGGAAGUUCUGUCUCUGGAGUUGCUCUAUCUCAGAGUUGUCAGCAGUUGUGCUGAUGGGAAGAUCCGUGUGUUUAACUUCCUGACUGGGAGCUGCCUGAGAGUGCUGGUGGGCAGCAGCAGAGGGGAUCCUGUAUCUUUCUGUGCUUCCGAAAACAGGAUGGUGAUCAAUGCACCCAGCGGCCUGCUGAUGUUCCAGUUUGAGGAUGUCACGUGGGACUACAAGCUAGGAGCUGAGCGAGAGCUGGUGUGGAAGCAGAAGCAGGAGAGCUGCCCUUUGGACACAGCAUUGACUCCCUCCCAGCAAACCAAGAGCCUCAUUGCCAGCCAGAUGCGUCACCUGAAGAUACGAGCUCUGUGCAAUGAACUGAUAAAACCUGCAGCUUGCCAGCAACAGGAGCAUUUGCUUGAGAGCAGGAGGUCUUCUCAAAUCCAGGCAGAGCAGCAAGAGCUUUUUGCUCCUGGUAACAACCAGCCCCAUCCUCUUGCUUUGGGACAGCCAGCAAAGGCAUCUUCUGUAAGGAACCUGGCAGAUGCUGAUGGCACAUCUGAAUACAGCACUUCUGUACUUGCACAUCCUGACAGACAGCAGGGAGAGAAAAAGGGCUCACUGUCCUCUAACAAGUUCCUCUUGACUGUCAGCAUGCUGCAGAAGAGUGGCAAGCCGUCCUUUGUCCGCUCCACUACAAAACAUCCUGCAGCAACCGGGAAAGCAUUGGAAUGUCUGCUGCAACAGCAACAAAAAAGACAAAUAUACACAACCCCUCUGCAACAGAAAAAGGAUCUGGCAGCCCAGUUCCAGCGUGCGAGAUCUCACAGUGAUUCUCUGACUAUGAAAAGGAUUUCUGUACCCUUUGAAAGGAAAAUGUUGCAACUCAAGCUGAAAAAUUCUUUGCAUGGGCCCACUGUGAAUUCCUCCAUUCCUGCUCCCUGCAUUGUACGUCUCAAGACUUGCAGUGCUUCGCUACAAGGAAAGAAAGUUCAUGGUGCUCACGGUAAAGGCACUUCUCUCCCUGAAGACAGAGUUCAGCACAGUGGUACAGACAGUACAGAUUCUGAACAGAUCAAAUCAACACGUGUGAUGAUCCCACAAAUGAAAAACGAAGCAGUUUGCAGAGGAAAAAAACCCUUUUGUCCAUAUGCUGCAGAUCCUUCCCAGGCUGACAGUGGGUUCAGACUUCUGACAGAACAGCAAAAGGAGGCACGUGCUGCAACUGCUGUAGCUCAGUGUCAGGCAAAGCUCGUAGAAGAUCAUCACAGAGCACGCAAGAAGGCCUGGUUAAGGAAAACUAAAGGCCUACCUACAGUCUCUUUUACUAAGGAGGGGAAGAUAUUUGCUCCUGAACUUGGACAUAAUACAUUUAUCUGAGGUAACCCAUUAGUCCAACAAAUCACCAGCAUCUGAUGUCUCUAAUGUCACGGCUUCCUUGGGUAUCCAGCUGAGCCUUUUUGUGGUUUCUGUGUUAGUAUGAAAGGUGUCUCUGCUGUUCCAAUGAGAUAUUAUUGGUGCUUUCAGCACUUUCUCAAGGCAGUGAAUGGAGUGACUCCUCUCCUGGGUUCUAAGUUGCUAGAUCUGUCGUUAUUAUAGACGCAGCACAUUCAAGACUAAUAGAACAAAGAUAUGGCUCAACUGUUUGAAUAAAAAUUCUUCUUGUUAGAGUUUGUAUAGACUGAUUAGAGUUUAUAAGCUAAAGAAGUAUGGGCUGGAUAAAUAGACAGCAAGGUGUACAGGAAUCUGGCUGAACAGGCAGAA